AUGGAUGUCCGGAGGGCGUUCAAAGAGUCUGAAGAGGGCAGAGUGCAAGCUGCCGUGAAGCACAUGAUGCCGCCCUACGAGCCGAAGAAGAAGAAGCCGAAACGCGUAGCCACUUGGACUUCGCACGCCACCAUCAUCACCGGCCGCUACGGCUCCGGCAAGUCCGUGGCAGUCAGAGAGGCCCUGCGAGGCGUCCAGGGCGUCUUCUUCCACCCCAUCGAGGAUGCCGACUGGAAGGACAAGCUGUACGAGCGCCUGGGCCUGAGUGGGCCCGACAUGCUGGAGGAGGUCCUGUGCCGCGUGCAGGCGCAGCUGGAGAAGCUGGAGGGUCCGUCGAAGGUGCCCAUCAUCGUGCUGGACAUCCCGCGCGAGACGAGGGAAGGCACGGCGCUUGUGGCUUUCAAGUCCUUCCGCAUGGACACUGUCUCCAACUUCGCCAAGUACUUGUGCUCUGACGACACCAUGGACGCCAUGGCGCAUGUGAUCGUGUGCGCAUCGUCGGCCGCCAUGGCCCUGAGCUUCGAUGCUGGCGGCGACCGCCAGGAGAACUACUGGGUGGAGGACCUUACCGAGAAGGAGGCCAAGGAGCUGCUGACCCUCCACGGGCACCGGGAGGAUUGGAAGCAAUUCGUAAAUGCCUGCCUCUGGGCUGCAGUGGAUUUGGUGCGAACCUGCGAAAAGUACAAGGGGCCGGCGACGCUGGCGGCCAAAGAGGAGGAGAUGAAGGCGAAGGCCGCCAUUGAGGUACAGCGCUUCCUUGACAGCUGCAAGAUCAAAGAAACC